AUGAAAUCCAUACCGCUGCAAUAUGAAAGUUUGAAGGCAGUACUGAUUCAUAUGGAUGCUAACAUACGAUUCAAAAUAUCCCAACAACUACCCACAAUACGCAUAACGGAAAAACUGGUGCCACUCAGAGUUCGAAGUUUAAGACUUGACGAGUAUAGCACCACUGUCAAUGAUACUGUAUAUCAAUUGGGUAUCUAUCGGGAGUUCAAAUUGGGUGAGAACAUAUUAGAGCAAAUCAAGAGGGAGAACGAUUAUGGAGGAAUUAAUAGCGAUCUAGAUCAAUACGGUUUUCGAAUUUCACCUGGCCAUUAUGUGGUGACUCCUGGUGACGUUUCAUUUCGAGAUAUGAACAGUCAUGCAUUGCAAUACGAUACAAUUGGAGUUGAACGAUACUAUCGAGAUGAGUUGAAAAUCUAUGAGAAGGCUUUGCUACUAAGAACUAACUCGGACACGGAUGGGAUUACAACAACUGAACAUGAUGGAAAUUUGGAAGGGAAUCGUGUUGAUUUAUUCCCGAGACAUGGAUUACAAAUGCCGCUUGAUACGUUAAAGUAUCGUAUCGAUAAUCUCUACACUGAGCUUCUUCCGUUUGAAUGUCGCCGUUUCAAUCUUAAACCACCGUAUGUCUGCUAUAUCCAAUUGACAAUCCAAACAGGAAAAAGCAAACAAGUCCAGCGGUUUCCUUAUAAAAUAAAACUCUAUGAAGCUAUGAAGUCUCUGAACACGCUUUUAUUCGGAGGAAGACGUUCACUAAUCCUAGCUGAAAGAUUUCACUUGCCUAUUUCAAGUAUAAUUUUGAGACUGCCAAUUGGGUUCAAAGUUGGAACGAGACAACUGAGAGAUUUUUUCCAAAAUGAUAGAUUCGAUAUUCUCCCUUCGAUUCUCGAUUCGUCGUUUUUUCCACUCGAUCUGAUCUCAAUCUAUGUAAUGAAUCCAAAUGACGUACAACACCCUAUCGUCUCUAGUGCAAAAACGUUGAUUAUCUUUGGUUUUGGCACCGAUGUUGACGAAAGAACUGCAAUCAGAAACUGUUCAAACCAACAAGUUGUGGUUAGAAGUAUUUGGUUCACAAUCACAGUUGAGCAGAUGUUUGGUAAUGUUCAGUACUGUCUUGAGAAUCGGUCUAUUCAAACGUGUUACUCAUAUAGUAUCAAUGACGAAAAAACUGCGAAAGAACUCUUCAGAUUGAUUAAAACCCGUAUAGAUAAUACAAAGAGAACCAAAAGAUGUGUUUCUAUUAAAACAACGGAUCGUAGAAGACUGGAAGUGUUUUACAUUCCAACCAAAAAUAUGCAAAAUGAAAAACAGGUGGAACAUAUGGGCAAUUCGAAAUGGAUUCUCAAGAUACGAACCGUUCGAUUUUAG